AUGCCUGGGAAAGCGCCUCGGGUGGAUGCUGCGACAUGGGACAGGUACAGGGAGGAGAUUAUCUCGUUUUAUCGGGAGUCGAGCUUGAAGGAGACGAUGGUCAAGAUGAACGAAAAGCAUGGCUUCCAAGCGAGUGAAAGUCAAUACAGAGCAAGGCUCAAGGUCUGGAAAAUUGGCAAACAUACCACUCCCGAUACUUGGGUGUUCAUUGAUGGAAGAAUGAGGAAACGCAGGCGAAUAGGGAAGGAUACCGAUGUCCUUCUAUACGGAGAACUACAACCUCCUCGGAAAGUGGCCAAGGAGAUCGCAAGGAAUGUCACUCUCGUUGACACCCUUCACGACCUCAGCGAUGUUCCUACUCCUGAUGGUGUCGAGAUUUUAACACCCUGCGCUGCCAGCCCCCUUACUUUUGACGUAGCUCGGACAAAAACAAUGUCAUAUUUGGAGUUUGUGGGACUGAUGAGGCCGUGGAUAGUGGAAGUAGUGGCUUCCCAUACACCUUUAUGUUCGCCCGAUCCACCAAGUCAGUUGUGUGAGAUGUUUCGUUGGUAUAAUAUCAGCCCAUGCUCAGAGCUCCUGCUGCAGUCAUUGUCAUCGGACGUUACCAAGUACCUCGCCAACAAACGGUUCAGUGAUAUUCUCGAGUAUUGGGGCAAGUACUAUAUUAGAAUUCGAGCCCUGGCGGAUUCUCAAGACAUGGAACUUGCAAGACUCGCACAGGCAGUGCUUCUGAUGGUGCACAUGUUAUUGUAUGAAUCAAACAACAUUCACAACCAAUUGGAACCCAGCGAUGCCGUAUUCAUCCUCCAGGAGCAUUUCCCCUCGGCUUUAAAAGAUAUAUAUGACUUGAAGACCUCAUCCUGGCAAAUCCUCAGGAAAACUUUCCUUGAUGCGGCUGUGGCAAGAGGUGAUAUAACAUGGACAAAAUCGUUGCUUGCGCAAGGAGUGCUGCCCUACUCCAAUGCUCAUCUCCUCGACAUUGCACUUUCUACGAAGGAUUCCGCAGUGAUUGAUCUACUUUGGCAAGCCGGAUUCGCACAUCACGUAUCGUUUCGAGAUCUCGACAAUAUGGACACUGAUGUACGCUUCGCUGUUCUAUGUAACUUGUUGAGAUCCAGGGUGACUCGACCUACCCAGCUCAAUAUGGUUGAUAACGAAUACUCGCGUCUGGUAGGACUUCACUGUGGCAUCGUGUUGGUUGAGGCAGCUUCAAAGGGCAGAACGAUUGAGGUCACGGUGUUGAUGGAUCUCUAUGGAAGUGCAAUAGAUCGGAGAUGGCUCGGCGUUGCUUUGCGCGCAGCAGCUGGAUUUCGACAUUUCCAGACGGCGGAACACUUAAUUAACUCUGGUGCUGAUAUACAUUCAUCGGGCAGGUUUGGAUUGUCCACAUUAUUUAACCUGGAUACAGGCACCAUUUGGCAAAGAAUGACACCGAUCCAGCUCGCUGCAGAGAAAAAUGACAUCGACCUCGUAAGGUUGGUACUCUACCAUGGAGCGGAGGCAGACUCAUUUCGAGCGGGAGCCUCUACAGACUCGGAUGACUUGACGCCCCUGCAAUAUGCAGCUCGGAAUUGCAACUUUGAUAUGGCUCGGGUCUUGCUAGAUGCCGGAAGCCACCCGGAUUCGGGUGAGCGCGUAACCGAAGCGGACACCCCAUUGCAGAUAUCGAUCAGACGGGAUGACGAGAGGACUUGUGGUCUUUUGUUGUCAUCAGGGGCAGACGUCAACAGCCGCCCUGCGUGGAUCAACGGCCGCACUGCUCUUCAGGCUGCAGCAGGCACUGGAAACAUACCAGUUGCACAGAUGCUUAUCCAAAAAGGGGCGACUCUCAAUGCAGCUCCUGGGAUAACGGGGGGCAUGACUGCACUGCAGGCAGCUGCAUUUGGCGGGCAUUCCGCAAUGAUAGAAUUGUUGUUUGCAAAUGGCGCGGAUAUCAAUGUUCUUCCAGCACCCUGGGGAAGAGGCAUGACAGCUCUCCAGGCAGCGGCAGCUGGUGGACAUCACGAGAUUGUGAAGACUUUGAUCAAACUUGGGGCAGAUGUAAAGGGACCUGUAAGUCAUGAGGGCAAAACCGUUUUAGAGGCAGCAGUGCCGCACCAAGACAUCACGAUGCUCGAGACAUUAAUUACCCAUGGUGCAGAAGCUGACACUGCGCAUUCCUUUUUACGUCCCACUGCUCUGGAAAUUGCGUCUCAAAUUGCCUGGCUGGAGGGAGCAAAAUAUCUUUUGCACUGUGGUGCUAAGGUCGAUCUCCAUAUCAAGAGAGAUGGAAGAUGUAUAGGUAGCUGCAUGACAGCUUUAGAUUGGGCCAUUAAGAAUAACGACUACCCCAUGGUGCAAUUGUUACUUGGGAAGAGUGCGGUCGCCACUAUCACGUCCACGGACUUCACUCGACGCUUUCUCUAUCACUCAUUAUCGAACGGAAAUGACGCCGCUAUUGUUAAGCUUCUGUUGCAACAUGCUCCUGAUCCGGAGAAGACCAUUAGAGAUGGACACCUUCUACAGACCGCUAUAUAUGGUGCGCACCCACACUUGGAAGUAUAUAAGCUUCUAUUGGAACAAAUGGCCGUCCUCCCGAAACCGAUCCGGGUGGCCCACGCUGAGCUAGGGUGGAGAUGUAUAUCGACUGGUCACCUUUUUCGUAGAAUAGAUCGUGCCCUCAUUAUUAGCAUUGCUGAUCUCCUCAUGGACGCCGGUGUCAAUAUAGGCGAGUGCUUAAAAACAAUCGGAACGUGUCUUCAAGUGGCCCUUCGACAAGGUGAUGAAGACUUUGCAGACUAUCUAUUGUCCCGUGGCGCCCAUUGGGACGGCCCUGCAACGGAAUAUUGCGGAACACCCCUGCAGGAAGCCGUUGCGAGCGGAUGCUACAAUAUCGUUCCCAAGUUGCUUCAAAAUGGGGCUGAGGUUAACGCUGCUCCAUGCCUGGAUAGGCCAGGAGCUAUGACUGCUCUCCAAGCUGCUGCGGAUAAAGGUCUAAUGAACGUGGCUCGGAUUCUAUUGGAGGCCGGUGCAGAUGCGGCCGCAUGUCAUAACGGCAGGACUGCCAUAGACAUCGCUGCACGUAAAGGCCGAUUUGACAUGGUGGCAUUAUUACUGAAAUCAUUGCCUGAAGUGAAGCUGAUUGCUACGUGCGAAGUAGCGGCAUGUGAGGCAGAAUCAGAGAAUUAUGCUGUGAUUGCUAAGUGGUUGAGAGAGUAUGCCGCGUCGAGAGCGCGCGAGACUAUGGAGCUCUAA